AUGUGGCAGCUGCUGUUACCAAUUCUACUUCUGGCCAACGGCACCAAUUGGUUGAACCCAAUUCUGGCUAAAGGCUACAAGGAUAAGCCCUUCGAAGCAGUUGUUUUACUGACCCAUAGCCAGAAGGAAUAUGAACGAAUGGAUUUAAAUUCUUCAUGGCCUGUUUUGAAUUUCAACGAAAAAAUGGAAUUUUUUCUGAAACAAUCCUUCAACUCGGAAGUGCUAGUAGUGGUUUUUCAAACAGGAGAUACUCGUUUGGAUGAUCAACUAUGGACAGCCCUGGAUCGGAAUCUACUGAAUAUGAGAAGAGCCCGGCUCUUGUUGGUAAGAAAAUGGGAGGAGAAGCCAUCCGAAGAGUUAGCAAGAACCCCAGAGCACCUAAGGUUCAUGUAUGUGGCUGUAGUGGUCCGAGGAAAUAUGAUAUAUCGCCUACAACCCUAUGCUCCGGAAAGAUGGAAGCUGGUGGACCUCAAUCAGGGCUGUUUGCUACCCAGAAUACGCAACUUUUAUGGAAGACAUAUACUUACGCUGCCCGAUCAAAUGGAACCACGAUCGAUUGCCUAUCGAAACAACGAAACUGGGGAAAUCCAAAUGACAGGCUAUGUGUAUAAGUUUUUCCGAGAGUUCAUAAGGGUCUACAACUUCACAUUCAAAUGGGAGAGACCCAUUGUACCUGGAGAUCAUAUGACACUAUUCGUCCUGAGGAAUAUGACUCUCAACGGAACCAUUAACAUGCCCAUCAGCUUGUGUGGCUUUGAGAGAAGUACAAAGAACGGAGUUUUCUCUACGGUCCUCGAUAUGGAAAAGUGGCUGGUUAUGGUUCCAUGUGCCCACGAAAUAUCAACUGCCCAGGUUUAUCUAGAAGUAACUGGCGGAAGAUUUCUGGCUGUCCUCGUGAUCUUUUACUAUUUAUUCACAAUACUGGACACCUGCUUUGGGCCCGUAAUACUCCAGACUCCGGUUAAUUGGUCAAAUCUUGUGUUUAACGAGCGCAUCAUGUCGGGGAUUAUAGGCCAGUCCUUCAGAAUGAGUGCCACAAGAGCCACCAGUUCGAGGGUCACCAAUGCCACACUAUUCUUUCUUGGCAUGGUCCUGAGUAGCUUGUAUGCAGCUCACCUAAAGACCCUACUAACCAAACACCCGACCUCGCGACAGAUCUCCAACUUUGAGGAACUCCGAGACUCCCCAGUCAGUGUACUUUUCGACGAAGCCGAACACUUCUAUUUCGACAAUAUCGACAAUGGACGACCCGUGGAUGCUAUCCGUUCCAAAAUUUCGUUUAUCAAAUCCGAUGAGUUUCAUAAACUCAAAAGGGAAACCAAUAUGUCACGAGCAUUUUCCACCUUAGUGUCGGAAUGGCAAAUUCUAGCCAAAAAACAGGAGUUGUACAGACAGCCGGCUUUUUGUUCCCUGCCAGGACUAUGGAUCAUUCUCACUAAUGUUCUUUUAACCGUGCCGAUGCAGGCAAACUCUAUUUACGAGGAGCCACUGAACGUUCACAUCAAUCGAGUUCAGGACGCAGGACUCUUGGAGCACUGGAAGAAGCAAACACUCCUCGAGAUGGUCAACCUUAAAAUUAUUUCGCAAAAGGAUCCUUUUCCCUAUGUGGCUUUCCGGGAGUUUAAAGUUGGAGACUUGUUUUGGAUUUGGUGUUUGCUAGAGAUUUGUUGGUUAAUUUCAUUUCUUAUUUUCCUCUGUGAGUUGUUGGUUUCUUUUUGGAUGAAAAAAUGUUCAAGAACUCCUGAAAAUUAA